UUCGCUGACGUCAGCCCCAGUGAAAGGAGGAAGGAGAGAGAGAGAGAGAGAUAGAGGGAGAGUGUUCAGCCAGAGCUGUCAUUAACUAGUUAUGCUGUAGAGAGCUACUGGGGUAAAGUAUUCUACCUUCAAAAAACAGCACUAUAGAAAUAACAUACCAGACUGUGCAAAGCAAAACCCGGGAGGUGGGGCUCUUACCUCCUCUUUCUUUCUCUCUCUGGCUCCUUUUAUAAAAAGUUUCUGGUGAUUAUGGCUGAUGUGAUACAUAUGAACGACUCGUCCUCAGCGGACGUAGCGAACAGAUUCGCCCGUAAAGGCGCUCUGAGACAGAAGAACGUCCACGAAGUGAAAGACCACAAGUUCACGGCGCGGUUCUUCAAACAGCCGACAUUCUGCAGUCACUGCACCGACUUCAUUUGGGGAUUUGGAAAGCAAGGAUUUCAGUGCCAAGUUUGCUGUUUUGUGGUCCACAAGCGGUGUCAUGAGUUUGUCACGUUCUCAUGCCCUGGUGCAGACAAGGGGCCCGAUACUGACGAUCCUAGAAGCAAACACAAGUUUAAAAUCCACACGUAUGGAAGCCCCACGUUUUGUGAUCACUGCGGCUCCCUACUAUACGGACUCAUUCACCAAGGGAUGAAAUGUGACACUUGUGAUAUGAAUGUGCACAAGGUGUGUGUAAUGAACGUGCCCAGCCUCUGUGGCACCGACUUCACAGAGAGAAGAGGGCGGCUGUUUCUGAAGAUUGAAGUGACUGGAGACCAGCUGCAUGUCACAGUGGGAGAGGGGAAGAACCUGAUUCCGAUGGACCCGAAUGGAUCCUCGGACCCCUACGUGAAGCUGAAGCUGAUCCCAGACCCCAAAAACGAAACCAAACAAAAGACCAAAACCAUCCGCGCCUGCCUCAACCCCAACUGGAACGAAUCCUUCACAUUUAAACUGAAGCCCACAGAUAAGGACCGGCGCCUGUCUGUGGAGAUCUGGGACUGGGACCGGACGACGAGGAACGACUUCAUGGGCUCCCUGUCCUUCGGGGUGUCCGAGCUUAUCAAGUCCCCUGUGUGUGGCUGGUUCAAGUUGCUGAAUCAGGAGGAGGGCGAGUACUACAACGUGCCCAUCUCUGAGGCUGACGAUGGGAACUUGGAGCUCAGGCAGAAGUUUGAGGGCUGUCAUAUUAAUAUCCACUUCCUAAAGGGUCACAGUCUGGAGGAUCCUGAUAAGAAAGCCAGGCUCGGCCCCACUAAGAAGGUGAUCAGCCCUCCAGAUGAUAAGCAAAGUUUACCUUCGAACAACCUGGACCGGGUCAAACUGACUGACUUCAACUUCCUGGCUGUUCUGGGCAAGGGCAGCUUCGGCAAGGUAAUGCUGGCGGAGAUGAAGGGCUCAGAUGAGCUGUACGCCAUCAAGAUCCUGAAGAAGGACGUGGUGAUGCAGGACGAUGACGUGGAGUGCACCAUGGUGGAGAAGAGGGUGCUGGCACAGCAGGACAAGCCACCCUUCCUAACCCAGCUGCACUCCUGCUUCCAGACUGUGGAUCGCCUGUAUUUCGUCAUGGAGUAUGUAACCGGAGGAGACCUCAUGUACCACAUCCAACAUGUGGGGAAAUUCAAAGAACCACAAGCAGUGUUCUAUGCAGCAGAGAUUUCUGUCGGACUCAUCUUCCUGCACAAGAAAGGAGUUGUAUACAGGGAUCUAAAGCUUGACAAUGUAAUGCUGGACUCCGAGGGACACAUUAAGAUUGCUGAUUUCGGCAUGUGCAAGGAGAACAUGUUCAAUGGAGUGACAACGAGGACGUUCUGUGGGACCCCAGACUACAUUGCACCCGAGAUUAUUGCAUAUCAACCAUAUGGAAGAUCAGUAGACUGGUGGGCCUUUGGAGUCCUGCUGUAUGAGAUGCUGGCCGGGCAGCCGCCCUUCGAUGGAGAAGACGAGGACGAGCUGUUCCAGUCCAUCAUGGAGCACAACGUGUCCUAUCCGAAGUCCAUGUCCAAAGAGGCGAUCUCUAUCUGCAAAGGGCUGAUGACCAAACACCCUGCGAAGCGGCUGGGCUGCGGGUCGGAGGGGGAGCGAGACAUCAAGGAACACGCCUUCUUCAGGAGGAUCGACUGGGACAGACUGGAGGGACGGGAGAUCCAGCCGCCCUUCAAACCCAAAGUGAGUGGUAAAGGUGCAGAGAACUUUGACAAGUUCUUCACGCGCACUCAGCCAAUGUUAACACCGCCGGAUCAGCUGGUAAUCGCCAACAUCGACCAAGAAGAGUUUGAGGGGUUCUCCUACGUCAACCCCCAGUACGUCCCCCCCUCAUUGCUGAGCGUGGUAUGAAGCUGAGAAGCAACCGUGCACAGAAAAAAAAACAGGAAGGAAGGAAACAAAGAAGACGUGUUUGCAAAAUCUCUAAUCCGGGACCGAGUAACAAAAAGACAAACAAAACAAAAAAAAAAAAUUUUCAAACUGAAUCUAUGGAAAUAAGUGAAAAAAAACAUGCAUAUCAUGGUGGAAAUAAAUGUGUUCAUAACCAGUGUGCAUUGUGGCCAAAGUUUGGAAUCUGAAUGGGCAUUAAACUAGAUUUAAAUAAAAUCGAUACAAGCUAUUAAUAACGUGCUUGGUUCAGACCACUGGAUUUUUCCAAUGCGAGAAGUUCUUAAAAUAUCUUUUAACGUAUUGUUCAUCUUGCUGUAUUUCACUGCAUGCUUAUAAUGCUAAACCUGUGGUUCCAGUUACGCCCAGAGGGACCCGUUACUUUCUUGGCUCUUCCCAUUAUGAAUGCAAGUGGAAGUGCUGAGACUCGACAGUUAAAACCACAACAAGACCAGUUAAUUUCAAACAGAGCUGAGCAACAAGGGAGUGUAGGAAGGAGUUUGUUUUGUACCGAUGGUAAUGAAAGGAUGGCCUGGAUGGAGUGUCUGGAACAGGUUACAAUAGUGCAUACUCGUUUUACAAACCAGUCUCUAUCCUUAAUCAUUUACAUUUCUGUCAUAUUUACAUAUCUGUUAUUUUUCUAAGUCAUAGAAGAGGGUAACUUUUUUUAUUUUUAGAAACGAUACAACCAUAUAAGAAUUCCUACUAUGAAUUAUGAUAUAUAUAUAUAUAUGUGUGUGUGUGUGUGCCAAAAUGCUAUCAUACUAGGAUAGUGGGAUUCUGGUACAAGAAAUUUGAUCCUAUAAUGCAAGUCAGAGGUUAAGAGAUCAACACCACUUGACUGCAGUGAGGACUUUGAAAGCUAAUUUGGUGAUGCAUUUGCGCUUUCAAGAACUGUAAAAACGUUGCAGUAUUGUCUCUCACAACAGAAUACACAGGAAUCUUCCACUUCCGUGCCCCUUAUGGUUUCAAAAAUAGUAUUCUAUGAAUCUAUAAAAGACACUGAAGAAAUUCCAUCUGCAUAUUGAACAUACUUUUUUUUUAAAUAGGGAAUCCCUAUUUAAGUAGUAGUAGCGUGCCUAUUUGUCUUAUAGCAGGGUUCAAUAAAAGGAGUGCAGAGAAAUCUUAUGAAGCUAAAAGUGAACCUACAUGUAGCUUUAAGGAAUGUAAACAAAGUGGUAAGAAAGCAGGCAACUGCACUGUACUGCACUGCACUGUACUGCACUACACUGUACUGUACUGCACUGUAGUAAUCAGGCACAACUGAAUGGAUGACUGUGGGGCUCUACAGCAGGUCAAAGACUGCUAGAAAAUAUAAAAUAUUGCAUCUCAAUUUGAAGAAACUGAAAAAAAUGAAGAGCACUUACGAUUAUAAAAUUAUAAAGUACAUUUUAUAAAAAUUUAAAAUCAGAACUGAAAAGAUGCUAAACCUACUGUACAUAAGGGAAAUGGAAAUGAAUGUGUAUGCAUCAUGCAGUUAACUUUGCAUGUUUCUGUUCAACCUCCAAACAGAGCUGUACUAACUGUAUAAUCCUAUCCAUGUAAAACAGAGUAUUAUAUUAGUUAAUUACACAUGUGCUAUAUUUGUGCUAUAUAAACUAGAUGUCGAGGAGUGAAUGUUUAUUCUUUGAGAUAGUACCUUAGGCUUGACUCAAUGUUUGUUUGUUUUUUUAAACUCUGUUUUCUUUGCAUAUCUUGGAUUGAAUGCAUCUGUUUCUUGGUAUUAUCAGUGACUUAAACAGUUUUGCCUUCCAGAAAUGCAUGUAAAAGCCAGGCACAUGCGGUAGCUGGUGUUGCAUGCACGGUUCGUACAGUAAACAGGGUCGCAGUUCUUACAGCAUGUCAGUCAAGUAUCAAACGUCAUUGUUGAGAAAUAGAAAACAAAAUCACAUUUUUUCAUUCAUACCCUAGAUGAUGCUCGUGGGUCUUGAUUACAGGUUUUAUUUUUCUCCCUUUGGUUAUGACAAUGCCAGACUAAAAAUAGAAAGAUUUGAGCAGGCAGUUACUACUUAGUCAAUAGGAAUAAUGACAGCGACGCAAUUUAGUUUUAAACAGUAGUUAUUAGAGGCAAUUGGACUUUGGCUAGAGGCAUGCCUAGUUAGGAACAGCCCAGUUGUUAUUACAGAAUGUUGCCAAUAUGCUCUUAAAAACAAAGUUCCUCCGCCAAACAACGUCACUCUUUGGACUUUGUGAUUUAAAUAAAGUCAUAUUCAGAUAAUACAGGGUCAGUUAAAGCUGAGGGAAUACGAAGCCACUUUGUGGCUUGGAACUUGGUUUCAGGAGACUAGGUUUCAGGCCACUGCACGGCACACCAGGGGAGACUUGGGGUUUGAUGCAGCAAAGUUGCCUCAAACUAGGUCUCCUGGAACCAGGUUUCAAGCCACUGUUCCUGAAAAAGUGUCUUCAUGUUUCAACAGUUUAACACUUAAUCCCUUAAUCUGCUGCUUAGCCUUGCUGGAAAUAUUUAUUAAUUAUGAAAUGGUACCAUUUUUUUGUCUUCUUAUAUAUAUAUUAUUAUUAUUAUUAUUAUUAUUAAAAUAUUAUUAUUAUUAUUAUUAUUAAAAUAUAUAUCUAUUAUUAUUAUAUAUUUUUUUUCUCUGAAUCACUUGUUAUUUCAUCUAAUUUAGCAAUGCUGGAUAAUCCCAUGUAAAAUAUGCUGGCCAAACUAACGUCACCCCCUUCAAAUUACGUGGUUUUUAAUAUAACUGUUUAAAAAACACAAAGCUAUUUAGACAUGGUUUAUGAUACUGUAUAAAAAUUUGUUUUCAGGGAUAUUCAAAAUGUAACAGUUAAUCAUUUUCUAAGAAACAAUAAGUACAUUCUUAUCAACGUUAUUGUAACAGUGUGACAAAGUACACAAUGCUUGACACCUGUUUUAAAGAAAACUCUUUCAAUGCACUGAAGGCAGUUUUAUACAGUCAGAGGUACUACACAGUUUAUACUUGCUGCACUUUGUGAAUCAAUUAACUUUUAAUAGAGAAGCCAAGCGCCAUUUGGGAAUGUGACGAUCCUGAGAUAUUCAUUUGGAACCAGGAGAAAGUUAUUUUCUUUUGUUAUUUCAUUGUAUUUUACUGGCUGCUCUUGAUAAAGUGCUCGUUCUUUUAACAAACUCUUUCUUAACGAUCCUCUUUAUAGUACAUAUUCUUCUUAUUAUAAUAAUUGUUAUUGUCAUUAUUAAUUAUUUCUGAAUUCUAAACUAGUACUUUCUCGACAUAUGUUAUGCUUUGGUCCUCUGUUAAUUGUAGUUUGAAAGAUAAUGUGUACAAAUAAAAAGUAUGAAUCUGUA